CUGACUCAAACCAAUGAGAGAACAAAUCACAAUGAGUUUAAUUGUUUGCUUAAACUUUUAGGCAACAAGAACAUAGCCAAUAUUCUCAUCCAACGCGGAGUCAAUGUUGAUGCCCGAGAUACAUACAACUGUACUCCGCUACAUUAUACUGCAAUAAAUGGCCAUAAAGAUGUGGCCGAGCUUCUCAUUCAACACCAGGCUAAUGUUAACGCAGAAGAGAUGAAUAGAUGGACGCCGCUCCAUUCUACUGGAAAAUUUGGUCAUGAGGAUGUGGCUGAGAUUCUUAUCCAUCAUGGGGCAAAAAUUAAUGUGCAAGAGAACAUAUAUAAAUGGACACCUCUCCACUUGUCAGCAAUAAAUGGACAUAAGGAUGUGGCUGAGCUUCUUAUUCAACACGGAGCUAAUGUAAAUGCAAUAGAUAAAGACAAACAAACGCCGUUACAUUUGGUUGCAAAAAUAG